AUGACAAGCACGGGGCAAAUCAGGAGAAUGGAAAGGAAGUACGGAGUACUGUACAUUGACAAUAAGUUACCUAAGCCCGCUGCAUUAAGGAGGAAGCUCCAUGCGCUAAGCCUUUUCGGGCAAAAGUCUCCCAGAUCGACCGGCUUAGGCCAGCCCGCAACAGACCUGCAAGACCGGUAUGAUGAUACGAGCAUAAUGCAAUCCCUCCUACAUUUCCGACCAAGUCAAAGUCGGUCGGUCUUGCGACAGAGACCUUGGGGCUAUGGCGGACAUCUGACCUCGACCUUCCUCAAUUUUUCCAGACGUGCGACAACCACAGCGACGGCUGCAUCCAUCGCCAGAAAGCUUGAUUUAUUAGCGCUUGACAGGAAGUGGCAGGCAAAAUGGCAGGCAGAUUCAGUCAAGGACUUAUCAAAACCCAAUGCUGCGGCAGGCGACAAGGGAACAGAAGAGAAGCCCAAGUCUUAUGUUCUGUCUAUGUUCCCUUACCCGUCGGGAACUUUGCACAUGGGCCAUCUCAGAGUCUAUACCAUCUCAGAUGUACUGGCACGUUUCUAUCGCAUGCGGGGACACGAGGUUUUGCACCCAAUGGGCUGGGAUGCGUUCGGGCUGCCUGCAGAGAACGCCGCGAUCGAAAGGGGCAUAGACCCAGCCGAAUGGACCAACAGCAAUAUGGCCAAGAUGAAGGAGCAGUUACGGAGCAUAUCGACCUCUUUUAGCUGGGACUGUGAAUUCGCGACGUGCUCACCGGAAUUCUACGAACACACGCAACGGAUAUUCCUUAUGCUCUACGAGAAGGGCUUCGCGUAUCAAGACGAAGCGCUUGUGAACUAUGACCCCGUGGAUAAAACGGUACUCGCCAACGAGCAGGUCGAUGCCAACGGUUGUUCUUGGCGCUCAGGCGCAAAGGUUGAAAAAUUGAAGUUGAAACAGUGGUUCUUCCGGAUUACAGCUUUUAAGGAGAUGCUUCUGAAGGAUCUGGACUCCUUGUCAGGCAAGUGGCCGGAACGUGUGCUUUCCAUGCAGCGGAAUUGGCUUGGGAAGUCGCAAGGUGCGAAUAUCAAGUUUACCGUAGCCAUCGAUGGCAAAAAAGACUCGAGCUUCGUUAGGGUAUUCACAACACGACCAGAUACGCUUUACGGUGUCAAGUAUGUGGCGUUGUCUCUGAAUCACCCUCUCGUCCUAGAGUCCGCGAAGAAGGAUCCUGAACUGCAGAAGUUCCUCGAUUCCGCUGUUUCCCUUCCAGCUGAUUCGAAAGCUGGCUAUAAAUUGUCCAAUAUGACUGUCUCUCAUCCUUUACAUGUGAUUGAUAAGGAAAGUCCCCAUGUUGCGCGGCAGCUACCUGUCUUCACGGCGCCCUACGUUCUCGGCGACUACGGUGAAGGCGCAGUGAUGGGGGUCCCUGGUCACGAUGCUCGAGAUCUUGCGUUCUUCAAGGAAAAUGUGAAUUCGGAAUCUAUACCUAUCGUCGUCGGGGCCCAACCCGAAGUUGAGGCUGAAAACCGCAGCACCGCUAUCAUUUCUUCGGAUCAGGCAAGAGCAUUCACGCAGGAAGGCUACCUCAACUCCUUGUGUUGGAAGUACCAGGGUCUUCAUUCCAGUGAGGCCAAACAGCAAAUAGUGAAUGAUCUCAAGCAAGUCGGACGCGCGGAAUCUGUGGAACAAUGGAGGCUAAGAGACUGGUUGAUUAGCCGUCAGCGUUAUUGGGGCACUCCAAUACCCAUUAUCCAUUGUGGUGAUUGCGGUCCUGUGCCAGUCCCAACAGACCAGCUUCCUGUCAAGCUGCCCAAGAUUGAAGGUGAAUGGUUGAAGGGCAAGAAGGGCAAUCCCCUGGAGUCGUCGCACGACUGGCUGAACACACAAUGUCCGAGCUGCGGCAAAUCUGCCAAGCGGGACACGGAUACCAUGGACACUUUUGUAGACUCCUCGUGGUACUAUCUGCGUUUUCUGGAUCCUGCCAACAAACAAUCGCCCUUUUCCCCGUCUGUGGCUCGACCAGUUGAUAUUUACAUCGGCGGCGUCGAACAUGCUAUCUUGCAUCUUCUUUACGCCCGGUUCAUCUACAAAUUCCUUUCACAAUCCGAACUUUUUCCAGAUUUAGCUCGCGCAGGGAAUGUGGCGGCUCCAUUUGAACCCUUCAAGUCCCUGCUUUCACAAGGCAUGGUGCAUGGCAAAACAUUCUCAGACCCAGCUACGGGCAAAUUCCUGCUGCCUUCGGAGCUGGACCUAUCAAAUCCUGAAAAACCACUUAUCAAGGGAACACGAGUUACACCGACGAUAUCUUUCGAGAAGAUGUCAAAGAGUAAGCACAAUGGUGUGGAUCCGACCGGGUGUGCUUUGAAGUAUGGCGCUGACACUAUUCGCGCCCAUGUCCUUUUCUCCGCACCGGUCAGCGAGGUACUGGAAUGGGACGAAACCAAGAUCGUUGGUAUGGAGCGAUGGUUUGGUCGGCUUUGGAAGCUCGUCAUUGACACCCAGCAAACGUUGGCCUCUUCAACAAUAGCGUUGAACCUGUCGGAUUUGCAAGCAUCAUCGGGUCAUGCGCUUACGCUUCCAGGGGCCCUACAAAGCCUGACUGAUAAUGACGCCAAUGCUGUUCUUUCCACCCAUCGAACCAUAUGUUCCGUCACCAAUUGCAUCGAGAAUAAUCGCUAUGGCCUCAACACCGUUGUGUCCGACCUGACCAAGCUGACCAAUGCGCUGUGCUCAUCCACUCCAACCUCACCAGAAGUUCUUUACCUUACUGUUUCGUCUUUACUUCGUCUUCUCUCCCCCAUCGCUCCGGCAUUGGCCUCCGAAUGUUGGGAGAUUCUAAAUAGCUCGGUGGUGAUGAAUUCCACCGGCGCAACCUCGGCAACGUAUAUCCCAAAUAUCUUUGAAUGCCACUGGCCCACACCCUUGUUAGCCCCUGCCGAGGCCGACAUGCUGUCUGCACGAGGAGGCCAAGCCGUCGCGGUUCAAGUUAACGGAAAAUUGCGCUUCAGUGUAACGAUCCCGCAACGACUCUCGCCAACAACCACCGACGCCAACGAGAAUAUCACUGAUGAACAAGAUUGGAUUAUCAGUCGCAUCCUGGAAACCGACGAAGGACGAAUCUGGCUGCGGGAGAAGAACGACUGGGACAAGCGUCGCCGGGUGAUUGUUGUCAAAGGUGGUAAAGUGGUCAAUGUUGUUUUCUAG